CACGCGCAGAGUGUAGUUACUCCGUAGCCCGCGGGCCUCGGUUGCUAGGCCGGAACGGCGUUACCCUAGUUCUCCUUCCCUUCUCUCCACCGCCCUCCCUCACCUGGUGAACUAGGAGGUUUCCAAGGUAACCGCGCAGCCCGGAGGAUCUCAGGAGGAAAAAGUACAACCCGGAAGUGGCGCUCCUACCUCGCGCCGGCAGUGCGAGGGCUCGAAGAUGGCGGCGCGCAAGGGUCGGCGGCGCACGUGCGAACCCGGGGUCCCCAUGGAGGCCGAAUCCCCCGUUGAGGCGUCUGAGGGCCCGGCCCAGGUCUAUCUGCCUGGCCGAGGACCGCCGCUGCGCGAAGGAGAGGAGCUGGUCAUGGACGAGGAGGCCUACGUGUUGUACCAUCGAGCGCAGACGGGCGCCCCCUGCCUCAGCUUUGACAUAGUCCGCGAUCACCUGGGAGACAGCCGGACCGAGCUUCCCCUUACACUUUACCUGUGUGCUGGGACCCAGGCGGAGAGCGCCCAGAGCAACAGACUGAUGAUGCUUCGGAUGCACAAUCUGCAUGGGACGAAGCCCCCGCCAUCAGAGGGCAGCGAUGAAGAGGAGGAAGAGGAAGAGGACGAAGAAGAGCGGAAGCCUCAGCUGGAGCUGGCUAUGGUGCCCCACUACGGCGGCAUCAACCGAGUCCGGGUGUCAUGGCUGGGCGAGGAGCCAGUGGCUGCCGUGUGGUCAGAGAAGGGCCAGGUGGAGGUGUUUGCGCUGCGACGGCUUCUGCAGGUGGUGGAUGACCCUCAGGCCCUGGCGACCUUCCUCCGGGAGGAGCAGACCCGGGUGAAGCCUAUUUUUGCCUUCGCUGGCCACAUGGGCGAGGGCUUUGCCCUGGACUGGUCCCCCCGUGUGUCUGGGCGCCUGCUGACGGGUGACUGCCAGAAGAACAUCCACCUCUGGACACCUACGGAAGGCGGCUCCUGGCACGUGGACCAGCGGCCAUUCGUGGGCCACACAUGCUCUGUGGAGGACCUGCAAUGGUCUCCAACUGAGGACACAGUAUUCGCCUCCUGCUCAGCUGAUGCCUCCAUUCGCAUCUGGGAUAUCCGGGCCGCCCCCAGCAAGGCCUGCAUGCUCACCACCACCACUGCCCAUGACGGGGACGUCAACGUCAUCAGCUGGAGCCGCCGGGAGCCCUUCCUGCUCAGUGGCGGGGAUGAUGGGGCCCUCAAGGUCUGGGACCUGCGGCAGUUCAAGUCUGGUUCCCCGGUGGCCACUUUCAAGCAGCAUGUGGCCCCUGUGACCUCUGUCGAGUGGCACCCCCAGGACGGUGGGGUAUUCGCAGCGUCCGGUGCAGACAACCAGAUCACACAGUGGGACCUGGCAGUGGAGAGGGACCCUGAGGCCGGCGACACGGAGACCGACCCCGGGCUGGCAGGCCUCCCGCAGCAGCUGCUGUUCGUGCACCAGGGUGAGACGGACCUGAAGGAGCUGCACUGGCACCCUCAGUGCCCUGGGGUCCUGGUCAGCACCGCCCUGUCGGGCUUCACCGUCUUCCGCACCAUCAGCGUCUGAGGGAGCCCGGCGGCGCCUGCUCUGGGCUUCCCCUUGGGAGCUGAGGUUGGAGGUGGUUCCCCGGGAGGGAUUCGUUCAGAUCUGGACCGGUGCCCUCCAGAAGAACUCCAUUCCUUCCAGCGGCUGCCAUGAGGGACAAUGACUCACUGUUCUCUGGAAAGACGUGGUUUGGUCUGAUGACUCCUUUUGCCAGAGGAUAUGAUUUGCCCUAUGACUAAAAACUGCUAGGUUUGGUCCAGGGACCCCUUCAACCAAAGGACUUGGUUUGACCCAGUGACCUCCACUUGUCAGAAGACUCAGCUGGCCCAUUUUCCAGGUGGACCUAGUGUGGCCUGCGUCACUGGAUGUUCCGUCAGCCGUGGCACUUGGCUUGACCCUUUUUGGCCUCUGCGCCAGGACCCAGUCUGGACCACCAGUCUCUUCCAGGGAAAUCGAGUGCUUUGCAACGGCUGGAUUUGAGGGGUGGGUUCCUCCAGCAGUUUUGUUUUACCCCUUGUCUUCCUGCCAGCUGGGUUGGGCCAGGACUCCCCCAUGUGGGGCUUCCCGGGGCAGGGCCUUCUCCGCUCCUUCCUGCCCCAAAGGCAGGUGCCGCGUAGCGAGUGAUGGGCAUUCCUGAAGCAAUAAAGGACUAGAAUGAG